GGUAAAGUUAAGGUGGUUUUUAAACAUCAUAAUAGAAAAAAAUAACAACGCUUACAUUUUUCUAAAUGGAAAUCAAUUAAAAUCAUUAAAUUUGGAUGACUACUAUUGAAUUAUACACAAAGGGGGCCAAGGUAUGGGUACCUCACCCAAAGCAAGUAUGGGAGUCAGCGGAGAUAAGCGAAAAUUACGAUCCAAAAAAGAAUGUCAUAUCUAUCAUCACCGAAUCAAACAUUACAAAAACUGUAAAUAUAAAAACGGAUGCUGAUUUACCACCAUUAUGUAAUCCAUCGAUAUUAAUCGGUGAAAAUGAUUUGACAUCGCUUAGUUAUUUACAUGAACCAGCUGUCUUGUAUAAUCUUCAAGUGCGAUUUUGUCAACAGAAAGCUAUCUACACAUAUUGUGGUAUUGUUCUAGUCGCUAUUAAUCCUUACGAUGAAUUACCAAUAUACGGCUUGGAUAUUAUGCGGACGUAUCGCGGUCAAGCAAUGGGUGAUCUUGAUCCCCAUGUAUUCGCUGUUGCUGAAGAAGCAUAUACACGAUUGGAAAGAGAACAGCGUCAUCAAAGUGUUGUAGUAAGUGGUGAAUCAGGAGCCGGAAAAACAGUAAGUGCGAAAUAUGUCAUGCGAUAUUUUGCAACGGUUAGUGGUUCUGGAUCAGAUGAAACGGAAACUUAUGUUGAGAAAAAAGUUCUUGCAUCGUCUCCAAUUAUGGAGGCAAUAGGAAAUGCUAAAACCACCAGAAAUGAUAAUAGUUCUAGAUUCGGAAAAUAUAUUGAAAUACAUUUUAAUAAACAAUAUCAUAUUAUUGGAGCAUCAAUGCGAACGUACUUAUUAGAAAAAUCACGUGUGGUAUUUCAGGCUCCAGAUGAAAGAAAUUAUCACAUAUUUUAUCAACUUUGUGCUGCUCGAAAGCAACUUACACAUUUACGACUUGAACAUCAAGAUAAUUUCCAUUAUUUAAAACAAGGGCAGGCCCCACAUAUUGACGGAGUUGAUGAUUUAAUAACCUUUGAAGAAACAGUCAAUGCAUUAACUGUACUGGGAUUUUCGAAAAAUGAACAAAAUGACAUGUUUAAAAUAUAUGCUGCCAUUUUACAUUUGGGAAAUGUCCGAUUUCGAGAUAUUGAUCUAUCUGGAGACCAUUCUCAAGAAGAUUCUGAAGGAUGUGGAAUUAGUGAGGAAGAUCAAAGUUUACAUAAUUUUGCUGAACUAUUAGAUAUAAAUUUAGAUGAAAUGAGACAAUGGUUAUGCACAAGAAAAAUUACAUCUAUGCGUGAAGUUUUUCUAAAACCGAUGACCAUUGAACAAGCGACAAUAUCACGUGAUGCAUUAGCAAAACAUAUAUAUGCAGCUUUAUUUAACUGGAUUGUAAAAAUUGUAAAUAAAGCUUUAGAAUCAUCAAAAACGUGUCAUAAAUUUAUUGGUGUUUUGGAUAUCUAUGGUUUUGAAACAUUUGAAGUGAAUAGUUUUGAACAGUUUUGUAUUAAUUAUGCAAAUGAGAAAUUACAACAACAAUUUAAUCAGCAUGUAUUUAAAUUAGAACAAGAAGAAUAUAUUAAAGAAGAAAUUGAAUGGAAAAUGAUUGAUUUUUAUGAUAAUCAACCGUGUAUUGAUUUGAUUGAGGCUAAAUUAGGUAUUUUGGAAUUAUUAGAUGAAGAAUGUCGUAUGCCAAAAGGAUCAGAUUCAUCUUGGACAGAAAAAUUGUAUUCAAAAUGUAGCAAAUACCAACAUUUUAAGAAACCACGAUUUGGAACAUCAGCCUUCAUAAUAAGCCAUUUUGCAGAUCAAGUUCAAUACGAAUCAAAUGGAUUCUUAGAAAAAAAUCGUGAUACAAUUAUUGAAGAACAAAUUACUGUACUUCGUGGGUCACAAAAUAAACUAUUUCGGAAAUUAUUUGCAACUGAAGAUGAUCGAAAAUUAUCGAUUCCAAAUACCCGAGUAAAAAUUAGUGCUGCAAAAACUUUACCAUCCACUCAAAAAUCACAUAAAAAAACCGUUGGUUCACAAUUUCGUGAUAGUUUAAAUAUGUUAAUGGAAACCUUAAAUGCAACAACACCUCAUUACGUGCGAUGUAUUAAGCCAAACGAUACAAAAACACCAUUUGAAUAUAAUCCACAAAGAGCCGUUCAACAAUUACGAGCCUGUGGUGUAUUAGAAACUGUACGAAUAUCUGCAGCCGGUUUCCCUAGUCGGUGGUUUUACGAUGGAUUUUUCAAUCGUUAUAGAGUAUUGUGUCGAUUUAAAGAUAUUAAUCGUUUCGAUAUGAAGAAAACUUGUGAACGAAUAUUACAACUAAAUAUAAAAGCUGUCGAUAAAUAUCAAUUUGGUAAAACGAAAAUAUUUUUCCGAGCUGGACAAGUAGCGUAUUUAGAAAAAUUACGAGCGGAAAAAUUAAAGAAAUGUUGUAUAAUUGUACAAAGUCAAUUACGUGCGUUUAUAUGGCGAAAGAAAUAUUUGAAAAUUCGAAAUUCUAUUCUUAAUAUACAACGAUAUGGCCGAGGAUACUUGGGCCGACAAAAAGCUGUAAAUUUACGUCGAACAAAAGCUGCAAUUGUCUUACAAAAAUAUAUACGUGGAUGGAUCAAACGUGUUCAAUUUUUACGUACUCAACGUUGCAUAUUAGGUAUACAAACACAUGCACGUGGAAUGUUUGCAAGACAACGAUUCAUGGCGGCAAAAUAUAAUGCCAAGGCAAUUAUCAUUCAACGUUAUGUACGCGGAUGGUUAUGCCGGAAACGUUAUGCUAAACAACAAAGACGUAUUGUUGUGUGCCAGUCAGCCGUACGAAGAUUCUUGGCACGGCGAUUAUAUAGAAAAUUGCGUGUUGAAGCUCGAUCUGUGGAACAUGUUAAGAAAUUGAAUAAGGGUCUAGAAAAUAAAAUUAUUAGCCUGCAACAGAAAAUUGAAGAAAUUAAUAAGGAAAAUCAUGCAUUUAAAAACGCACAUAAUGAGCUUUUGGAUUUGAAAUUGAAGUUAGAUAGCUUAAAAGGCAUUGAAAACGAGUAUAAGAAAUUAAAUGCUUUGUUACAAGAAAAGGACAAACAGUAUUUGAUAUUACAAGAGAAGUUGAAGCAGGAACAAGAUGAGAAAAUGGAUUUAAUACAAGAACAAGAAAAAUAUAGAACAAUUAUUGAGCAAGAGAAACUAAAAUGGACCAAUGAAAAUCAAAAACUUAUGAAAGAAAUUGAAAACCUUAAACAAAUUGUUGCAUCCAAUCAAUUGGGAGCAGAAGAAAUCCUUAAAACUCGUUUAGAACAAGAAAAACUUAUAUUAAUGAAUGAACAAGAACAGGAACGAACAGCAUAUCAACAAUUAUUACGUGAAUAUAAUGCUCUCGAACAACAUUGUGAGAAUUUAGAAUCAAAAUUAAGUCGUUAUUCACGUUCUGGAUUACAUCCUCCAUCGUCCGCUACGAGUACAAUUGAUAGACAUAUGCGUAGUUUAAGUGAUGUUUCAAACAUUUCAAAUAUUGAUAAUAUGGAUGAAUCCUUGCGGACAGAAGAUGUAAGUUUCGACUAUGGAUAUGGAUCAGUUCGAUCAAAUUCAACAGUCGCUGUUGAUUCCCACCAACGAUUGGAUACAAUCGACUGGAAACGUGGUGAUCCGCCUGUAGAUCCCCAACAUAAAGCAGAAUCAAGUCCGCCACAAUUUGAUUUAGGCUUAGUAUUAAAAUUACAACAGAAACUAAAAGCAGUAGAAUCUGAAAAUAAUAGGCUACUCGGAAAAAUUGACCAAAUGGAACGGGAAGGAUCUCCAAAUGCGAAACAACUUGAAGCCGCUGUAUCUACAGACACAAUACGUGUUAGUGAAUUAGAAAUGGAAAAUGCAAAAUUAUUAAAAGAUCUUAAUCAAUUACGUGAAAAUCUAUGCGAUAAGACGGUUAUGGAACAAAUAACUGCGCUACAAGAUGAAUUAACGCAUAGACGUGAAGAAGUUAUACAGCUACGUAGCGUAUUUGCAAAUCAAACCGCUAAUAUAAAAUCAUUUGCGUCAUCUACAUAUGGACCCGAUGUGGAUAUUGUGAAUGAAGAUGGCGAACUUGUUUUAGCAUACGAAGCACAAAAGAAGAUCAAUCAACAACUAGAAAUUGAAUUAACAAGUUUAAAUCAACGGUGUAGAGAACAAGAAACUGAAUAUCGUAAUGAAAUUAAACGUUUACGAGAGGAUAAUGAAAGACAACAAAAACUAUUAUCAGCUAAUUUAACUGAAUCUCCAUUAACACAAACUGAAGCAUAUAUGCAACAUGAAAUCACACGUGUGACAUCUGAGAAUCUUGAUUUGAAUGAAAAAUACGAUAAUGUUGCUAACCGUUAUCGAAUCUUGAAGAAAGAAGCGCGUGCAAUGGCAAGAAAAUUACAAGAAUUAGGUUUAUUGGAGAGUACACUAGAUCGGGAUAGAAUCCAAAUUGGUGAACGAACAGAUCUUGUACCAUUAAAUGCAUCAACACAAGCAAUGCAGGCGGACAAUGAAAAUAAAGAUAAUAAACAAUUAGUCGUACGUAAAAAGGAGAGAGAAUACCAAGGAAUGUUUGAAUAUAAAAAAGAGGAUGAAGCAAUAAUUAUACGUCAUCUGAUAGCAGAUUUAAAACCACGUGUGGCUGUACAAUUAUUGCCCGGCUUACCAUCCUACAUAGUAUUUAUGUGUAUCCGUCACACUGAUUUUAUAAACGAUGAUGAAAAAUUAAAAUCAUUAUUAGCAUUAUUUAUGAGCACAAUACGAAAAAUUGUGAAAAAACGUGGCGAAGAUUUGGAAACUACCGUACUAUGGCUGUCAAAUACUUUACGUUUAUUACAUAAUUUAAAACAAUAUAGUGGUGAUGCCACAUUCCAACAUUCGAAUACACCAAAACAAAAUGAACAAUGUCUACGUAAUUUCGAUUUAGCAGAAUAUCGACAAGUAUUAUCCGAUUUAGCUGUAUGGAUCUAUCAAAUUUGUAUACGUACAAUGGAGAAAAAAAUACAACCAUUAAUUGUACCCGCAAUAUUGGAACAUGAUGCUAUAACAAAUAUUAGUGGGAAUAAACCGGGAUUAAGAAAUCGUUCGGCGAGUGUUGGACGCGAUAUUAAUGAGGCUGCAAUACCCACGCAUAAAGCACCGCAAGCUCUUGUUAAUGAAUUAACGAAUUUCCAUCGAAUUUUAGGAUUUUAUGGAGUUGAUCCAGAUAUUAUUACUCAAGUAUUUCGACAGAAAUUCUUCUUUAUUUGUGCAACAGCAUUGAACAAUCUAUUACUACGUAAAGAAUUUUGCCAUUGGUCGAAAGGGUGUCAAAUACGGUACAACGUAUCAAAUUUAGAAAUGUGGGCACGUGAUAAACGAUUAGAUGAUAAAAAUAUACUUGAUACGUUACAACCUAUCAUUCAAGCUGCACAUUUGUUACAAGCGCGUAAAACCUCUGAAGAUGUUACAAGUGUUUGUGAUAUGUGUAGUGCAUUAACUGCUGAACAAAUAUGUAAAAUAUUACAAUUAUAUACGCCAUUAGAUGAUUUUGAAGAGAGAGUUCCACCAUCAUUUAUAAAACAAGUUCAAGCUAAAUUAAAAGAACGAAGUGCUUCAUCGGAAAAUAAAGAACAACAGGGAAAACUAUUAUUAGAUUCAAAACAGAACUUCCCAGUACGAUUUUCAUUUAAUCCAUCAACAAUAUGCUUGGAAGAUAUCGAAGUACCAGAAAUACUAAAUUUACCAAUGCUCAAAAAAGUCUAAAACCAAAAUUACAAAUUUACUGAAAACAUACAGCAAAAUGGCAUUAUCGUUGGUUUAUUUAUUUUUUAGACACAAAACAAAAAUAGAAAACGUUUUGCGUUCUCGGCCUCAAAUUUUUUUACAAAUACAAAUAAUUUAUAUCCUAUUUAAAAACAAAUAGAAAUAAUAAUUCCUAAUGAGCAGUAUUUCGUCCAAGACGUUAUAUAUAAAUAAUAUAUACCUACCACAAAACACAGUUCAAAGAACAAAAAUCAUGCAAAUUAUUUAAACAAUUUGUAUACUUUAUUAAGUUUUUUUAGUAUUAUUUAUGCUACAAAAUGUUUUAACGAAAAUAACGUUAUCAAUUUUUUAUGAUUUAUUUAUAUAAUUCGAAGGAGUCAAGUAUUUUAAAUAAGGAAAAUAAUUCAGAAAUAAAACUUCUCCAUCAUCUAUGAGCGCUUUGUAUCUCUGGGAUGCGUGUUUUUAAUAAAUUUGGUUUAUCUUAAGCCUUGUCUAAAAUUUUUCGAAAUUUCGUUUGUAAGAUUUUAAGUUCAAUCAUUUCGUUGGCUGUUUACAACUGGCUGUAGACAAAAUGGUUGAUUGGUUGCAUUUAUUUUAGGCCAAAUUAAAAACAAAUCUCGGACUUGCAAAUAAUAAAUACAUCGAAGGCUUAUCAAAUUUUAAAAAUUGUUUAGUGUUAAAAUGUAAAAAACACUAAAAAAC